AUGGAUCGAAGUUGGAUGAAAGCAUCACGCAUUACUGACGAGUAUAGGAAUGGGGUUGAACAAUUUCUCCAAUUUACUGAAAUGAAUGCACCAUCUUUGCGUGGGAAAUAUUUUUGUCCAUAUGUCAAAUGUGAAAAUGGUAGACACCAGUCAAUAAAUGAGAUAAGAUCACAUUUAAUAUGUCACGGGAUCAUUCUAAAUUACACAAAAUGGAUAUGGCAUGGGGAAUUGCCUCACAAGCCAUCAGUCUCUCACAGUGAGUCAGUCGAUGUAGACAUUGGCAAUCGUAUAGAAGACAUGAUUUGUGACCUAGGGCAGGAUGGAUUUCAGCAAGCACAUGCUCCUUUGUAUGACAAAAUAGAAAAUGAUUCAAAGCAACCUUUGUAUUCUGGGUGCACAGCUUUCACAAGGUUGUCAGCAGUGUUAGCUUUGGUCAACUUGAAGGCACGAUUUGGCUGGAGUGACAAGAGCUUUAGUGAAUUGCUUGUGUUAUUGAAAAAAUUGUUUCCUGAAGAUAACACGUUGUUGAAGAAUCAAUACGAAGCCAAGAAGAUUUUAUGUCCCAUGGGAAUGGAGUACCAGAAAAUCCUUGCUUGUCUAAAUGAUUACAUAUUGUAUAGAAAUGAGUUUGUAGAAAUGCGCAAUUGCCCUACAUGUGGUGUAUCACGCUACAAGGUCAACAAUGACGAAUGCAGUGAUGAUUCAACCGCAAAGAACAGUCAUCUAGCAAAGGUUUGUUGCUAUCUGCCAAUAAUACCAAGGUUUAAGCGAUUGUUUGCUAAUGGACAUGAUGCAAAACAGUUGACAUGGCAUGCAGACGGCAGAAAAAAUGAUGGUAUGCUUCAACAUCCGGCUGAUAGUCUGUAA